AUGAGGUUCAACUCCCAUUCGAAUUCAGACACCCCCCCUUCUGAACCUGACGAAACCCUAACAACCCCAGAUAAAAAUAGUCCCGUUUCGUUAAAACCAGAUUUCACCUCUCCGCUUUCCGACCAGAUACUGAUUAGCAUCCUCUCCAAUCUCACAAAAUCACAACAAAUUUCAAGCUGUUUAGUUUGUAAACGGUGGUUGCGAAUUAGCGGUGGUUUAGUGAAAUCCUUGAGAUUAUUAGAUUGGGAUUUUCUUGAUUCCGGUAGACUCGCCCAUCGUUUUCCCAAUCUUCUUGAUGUUGAUAUCGUUCAAGCUUGCAUAGUAUCCCCUCGUAAUUCGGAGGUGUUCAGAUACUUGCUCAAGGCUGCCCUAAUUUACGAAGGCUUGUCUUGCUUGGUGCAACCAACGAAGGGUUUUAGAAACUUACAGAUCCUAAAACUCAUAGGCUCUGUUGAUGGGUUAUAUGACUCAGUGAUUUCAGAUAUCGGGUUAACCAUUUUGGCUCAAGUAUGUCCAAGAUUACUGAAACUUGAACUUGUUGGUUGUGAAGGGAGUUAUGAUGGGAUCAAAGCUAUUGGUCAAUGUUGUCAAAUGAUGGAAGAAUUGACCCUUUCUGAUCAUAGAUUGGAAGGUUGUUGUCCUACCCUUGAAGAAUUACAUUUACAGAGGUGUCAAUUGAGAGAUAAACAAGGUUUAGGAGCUUUGUUUUUGGUGUGUGAAGCUGUUAGGGAACUUGUUUUUGAAGACUGUUGGGGAUUGGAUAACAACACAUUCUUUACUGCAAGUAUUUGCAGGAGAGUGAUGUCUUUAUCUUUGGAAGGAUGCUCGUUGCUUACAAUGGAGGGAUUUGACCCUGUAGUUGUUUCAUGGAAAGAGCUUAAGAGACUUAAAGUGGUUUCUUGUAACAACAUAAAAGACAGUGCCAUGUCACCCGAAUUAGCGACGCUUUUUUCUCUUCUUAAAGAGUUGAAAUGGCGCCCUGAUUCCAAGUCUAUUCUCUCAUCAGGUCUUAAUGGCACUGGAAUAUGGCAGAAAGGUGGAAGAAGCUUCAAGAUCUAACUCUCAAU